AAGAGUCCCGCCACGCAUUGCACGACCAUUUCAUCAGACACACCAAGAAGAGAAGCUGCGACGAAAAGGUUUCCCGUGACUGUACAACAAAAAACCGCGAAAAUGGCUUUCUAGAACCCCGGCAGCUGAACGACUUGUGCUCCGCAAGGCGCACCCUGGCUAACUGCAAAAUGGCAAGCUUACGACAAACGCACCCUCCCUCUGGGAUACUUGACGACAAAGUGAAAUCGAUAGAAACGAUACAAGAUGAUGUUCGAGGACGAGAUGAACGAUUGGGGCGAUUUAUUUGCCCCAGCCCCGUUGGGCGUUGAAGUUGAUACCUUCGCUGAGCUGAAAGAGUCAGCUGGAAAACCAAUCACACAUGAUGGUCCAUUCUCCGAUUUGGCAGAUGACCGUUUGGGACCACAGUUGUUUGAGCCAUGGUUGGACGAGAGAGUGGACCUUCUCGACUUCCUCCUGGAUGAAGGCAAGUCUGUCCAAGAGGUAGAUGCCAUGGUCACCUCUGUCACAACAUUGACCGAUGUUAUAGGACCAGCUGAACCCACUGCUGCAGCCCCACCCACUCCUCCACCAGCUGUUGUGGUGGCAGACAGCAUUGAGGAACUCUUGGCCCAAGUAGAGGGGCUUAAUGACUCUGGCUUUGUACAUAAUGAAUCAUUAGAGGGCUCAGGUGCCUGUGUUGAAUAUGUAGAUCUCACACCACCUCUCAGCCCAGAGGAUGUGGAAAGUAUUUUAUCAGAUUCUGGACGAAGCAGUCCUUAUUUAUUAGACACUUCUACUGUAGAUACUUCAGUCCUGUCACCAGGAUCAGACUUUAGUUCAGAAGACGAUGAGCUCUUUGUACAGAAAAGAUCUCGUAGUUCUCCAUAUAGCACUGACCCUGAUUACACUGUUACUCCACGGGUAAAGUCUCAUUCUGGUAAAAAGCCUAAAACACUUGACAAAAAGUUAAGAAAGAAAGAGCAAAACAAAACUGCUGCUCUCCGUUAUAGAUUGAAAAAACGCGAAGAAACUGAACAGCUACAAGCUGAGGCCGAUGAACUAGAAUCACACAAUGGAGUGUUGAAAGGAAAGGUUGAAGAACUAGAAAGAGAAAUUAAGUACAUGAAAGAGUUGAUGAAGGAAGUGUAUAUGGCAAAAGGACUGAUUAAAGAAUGAUUGUAAUGUACUAUUUGUUAAAUUAUUGUAGGAAUAAUUAUUAUUGUAAAUAAAUGGUGUUUGAAAUAUUGA